CGUAAGUAUGUCAAUUCUAAAAAUAAUUUUCAAAAAUUUUUUUCUGAAUUUUCAAGUUAAAAUUCAAGAUUAUAAAAUGGUUUCUAUAAAAUCUUCAACUUGGGCUAUUUUAUUAAUUCAAUUAGUUAUUUCUUGCAUAGCAAUAAUAUCUUCUGUUGCUUUGUUUGUGGCACAGGCCCAGUCAUUAGAUUUAAAUGGAUUAGCUAUGGGGCCAACUUUACAUUCUAUUUUUGUUUGCUUUUUGAGUUUUUCGCUUCUUGGAAGGUAA